AUGUCACUAUUGCUCUGGUCAGCCCAGCUAGCCGAUUCGGCACGCAUUGCGGAGAUACACAUGGCAUCAUUUGGCCCAAACGCCAUGCUACGAGCGCAGUUCCCCACACCAGAGACUCGCGAGGCUCUGCAGGCGUCUAUUGAGUUGAAAACAUCAGCCGAUAUUCAGGAUACGAACACGACGGUGUUAAUCGUGAGACUUGUCGAUGCGAAAAGCGAAGAUUGCAAUCCUCUAAAGAGCUCACGUGACACUGAGGAAGGAAAGACUUCGGAGAGCACAGCAGGCCGCAUUAUCGGGUUUGCAAAGUGGGCGCACGCAGUCGAUGACGAGGACUAUGUGGAGCCUCCGUGGAUAUGGCCCGCGGGAACUGCGUUGGAUGUUCUGAAUGAAUGGACAAGACAGACCGAAAACAAAUACAAUAGGGUCAUGGCAUUCGCGCCGUGUUACCGUAAGCUCGACCCUGCCCAUGAGAGAUCUGGAACGGGCUCGCUGAUGCUGCAGUGGGGCAUGGAUCAGUGCAGAAAGAGCGGCUACCAAGCAUAUCUCGAGUCCACAGUUGAAGCAGCCCCUUUCUACAAGAAGCAUGGCUUCAAGGCUGCCACCACUAUCUCCUUAGUCAUUGGAGUCACACCGAACGGAGAGCCACUUGUGUACCGAGAAAUCGGUUUCGUCUAUGACCCGUCCAAGAGGGACAAAGGAGGAGGUUUUUUGUCACUUCUUGCUGAACUUGGGUGGUUUUCCUUCGUCCGCCGUCUCUGCAGGACAAUUGUAAAAUAG